AAUCAUGAAAACCACAUGCCAACUUUGAUUCCUGCUGCAAGUUUCCCAAAACAAUCAAUCUAGAGAACACUCUCAUCCAUGAUUUUCAAUCCGAACCACCUAAUAAGUGAUAAUUUGUCCUUAUCAUAAUUAAUAUUUGGCAUCUAAAACAUUGCAUUUUCAACUAGACAAAAUUUCUUUGAUGAUGCUAAAUUCUGGAUAAAAUACUAUAACUAAGAUGUCUAUGUUAAUGCUAUGGGACUAUAAACAAUGAUCCAGACAAAUAUUAAGAAAAAAUAUAUAGAGAUACUGGUUUUUAUGGCCAGUGGAAAGAAAUUUGAGUUGGCCACUCUCUUAACUACCUGGCCAACAUGAUUUAAUUCAGUUUUGUCCCCCCAAAUAAAUUAUUGUCUACUCUCUAAAGUCAACAAAAAAUAGAGUAUAGGAUAAUAUUCAAAAAAUAUAUAAUUUUAUAUUACAUGCAAAACACAAAGCCUCUCCAUGCAUUAGAACCUUGUCAUAUAUUAUAAUGAUGAUUCUUCCAUGCAUGUAUAUAAACCAUCUCUUUGUGAUUGUAUUUGAAUCAUCCAAAGGAAGAAAUUGAUUUACAAAAAUGGGAAAAGGAAUGAUUUCUGAUAACAUGAAGCUUCUUCUGGGUUUGCUUCUUCUGCAACUCUGCUUUUCUGGGUUUCACAUUGUCUCUAGAGUUGCACUAAAUAUAGGCGUCAGCAAAGUUGUUUACCCAGUUUAUAGGAACAUUAUUGCCCUGAUCUUAUUGGGUCCUUCUGCUUAUUUUCUAGAGAAGAAUGAAAGACCACCUCUUACUAUCCCUUUGUUGGUUCAGUUCUUCCUCCUAGCAUUACUAGGGAUAACUGCAAACCAAGGAUUUUAUCUCCUGGGAUUGUACUAUGCAUCUCCAACUUUUGCUUCAGCAAUGCAAAACUCAGUCCCUGCGAUAACCUUCGUUAUGGCUUCUGCUUUAGGACUCGAGCAAGUUAGUAUCACAAGGAAAGAUGGGGUAGCAAAAGUUCUUGGAACCAUUGCGAGUGUAGGGGGUGCAACUGUAAUUACACUUUACAAAGGCCCUCCACUUUUGCCCCAGAGAGAAGAACAUGCUCAAGGAAAUAACAUGGCAGAGGGAAUAUCAGAAAACACAAACUGGACAUGGGGUUGUAUAUACCUUCUUGGCCACUGCUUAUCAUGGGCUGGUUGGAUGGUUUUUCAGGCUCCAGUGGUGAAAAAGUAUCCGGCGAAGCUCACACUCACUUCAUUUACAUGCUUCUUCGGAUUGAUCCAGUUUCUAGUCAUUGCAGCCUUUGUAGAAACUGAUUUCGAACAUUGGAAAAUCCAAUCAGGAGAGGAAAUAUUUACCAUCCUCUAUGCUGGAAUUGUGUCUUCCGGGAUUGUCAUUGCCCUCCAAACAUGGUGUAUUCACAAGGGUGGCCCUGUAUUUGUUGCUGUCUUCCAGCCCCUUCAGACCCUUUUAGUAGCUAUAAUGGCAACUCUAAUUCUACAUGAUCAAUUGUAUUCCGGGGGGAUAAUUGGUGCAGGUCUGAUCAUGCUAGGACUCUACUCUGUUUUAUGGGGUAAAAAUAAGGAAAACAGAGAAGCAAAUCAAGGGGAAUCAUUAACAAAGCUUCUUCUUGAUGAGGAAAGUGUAGAUAAAGAAGGUGGUGGAGUCAUGUCAGACAUACCUUGAUACACUCUUCUGCAUUAAUAUCAAUAUAUAUAUAUAUACAGUUCAUAGUUGGGAUCUUACAGGAUGUGGAGUUCCCACUAGUUGAGAUUUCCUCAACAUGUAAAUCUAACAAGCAUUUUCCUUUUCCUUUUUUUUUUUUUUUUUUAAAAAAAAAUGUUGUUAAAUUAUGUGUGUCUAGAUAAGCUGGAUUUGACCUCUAAAUGUAUGGACAAGAAGCAUAAUUCAGUGAAAAGUAGAUCAUAAACCCUGUCCUGGUCUGUUGGUGGGUUUCUGUAUCAUUGGAAGUUAAGCUUCAUGAAUUAUUUACUCCUUAAUGUUAGACUUAUAGUUCUUAUUCAAGAUGAUCAAAAAUAGAUGUUCAAAAAGCUGUUGGGUCUAAUAUCGAACUUCUCUCCACAUUAGUUAAAAGGGAGGAACGUCCAAUUGAUGGAACUUGGCGGGCAUGCUAACAUUUUUAUUUUUUAUUUUUUGGUCAAAGGUGGGUUUCUAUAUGUUCCUCUCCGGUUGCAUACAAAAUUACGGUGGCAGGGUUAAAUAUUAGAAUAAAUCUGAAGUGACUAAAUUUUUUUACCAAAAUCUUGAUAUUUAUAAUUUGAUAUUUUUUAAAUGGUUUACAUUCUCAUAAAUAUAGGAUAAUAUUAAUUUAACACCAUUAAAAAAUACUACAUGAUUGGUUAUCAAAAUUUUGAUAGAAAAAUAUGAUACAUGUAAUAUUGCUCUAAAUGUUAAUGUAUCAUACUGUCAUUCAAAAAUUUCCAACGCUAAUACAUUAUGGUAGCAACAAGCAAGUGGUCGUUUUAAAUAUUGAAUCAUUUCUUAGUUAUUUUGGUUCACAUGCAGAAUUUCAAAUAAAACCCUUCUGAUGAGCAAGAUGAGAAAAGCAAGAAAAAAAUACUAUUUAUCACCGUUGGUGAUCAUCAUCGAUGGAAAUCAUUUAUCAUUUAUCAAUGUAGCAAUUUAAUUGGCUAUCCUUACCCAUUCAUUUUUCCACAUUAAACUUUUAGCAUUAAAAAGUCAAAAUGACAUUAAACAUAACCAAUUAAUAAUUCCCAUUUGAACAUGAAUCCAAAGAGGCAUAAUGGCCUUUCCAUCCAAAAACAAGAGAGAUAUGUCAGCUUUUUUAAAUGACAAUUUAAACAGCCUAGUGACUAUUUUUUCUUUUAUUUUUUGGGUAAAUAGCCUAGUACUAUUUAAUCAAAGCCACAUUGUCAUUUAUCCUAAUAAAUCGCAAUAAAACAUACAGUACACAUACAUGUAAUGGGAAGAUACCACAUCCAGAGAUGAUGAAAAUUAACAAUGGCAACACAUAAUAGCAUAAACUGGCUGAAUUCAGCAUUUAUUUCUUUCAGUAGUCUUUAACAGUAAGAUUCAAUAUUUUCAAUAUCUAAUAGUUAAUUAAAUUUUCACCCAAGAACUUAGGAGACGAAAGCACUGUUGAAACCAGAUAGGAAAAACAAAAGGAAAGUAGAUACUGAAGCCUUUGCAUUUUGCUUCUGCAAGGAUUUUAGGCUUUAUUCUAUAAUGCUUAAGAACCAGUUCAAGGAAGGCCAUUACAAAGAAAUCCUACGUCCAUUUAUCAUUCUUAGAGGAAGCAACAAAAGUUCAAACCCCAUGAGUAUAGCUUUAUUUUAUAAUGCUUAAGUACCAGUUCAAAGAAAGCCAUUACCAAGAAAAUCCUAUGUCCAUUUCUCAUUCUUAGAGGAAGCAACAAAAAUUCGAACCCCACAUGUAUAGCUUAGUCGCCAUUUGCAUAAACCGUAAAAUACCUACUGAAACCUUCUUAAGCUACAUAGUAGUUGGUGGAGAAUCACCUAUAAAAUGAUAUCAAUAAUUCUAAACUCAAAUCUAUAAUUCUAACAUCAAAAGGGCACCAGCUUCAGAUAUCUAACCCUGAACUAGAGAAAACAAAUAAUAUCCUGAACUAGAGAAAACAAAUAAUAUUUUGUCAUCUUUAAUUUCUAAACUCUCACCCAGCUAAUAACUGCCAACUCAAAUGAAUGAAAACAUAUGAAAUUGUGACAAGAUAAACCAAGAGAAGAUAACAAGAAAUUUUGUUUGUUUCAUCUUUCUUUUCCUUUCAGUUCAGUUUGGUCGUUUACCAAAGUGGAAUUUAACAUGGCCUAAUUUUGCACAAGCAAUAGCGUAGAACAAGGCUGUAACAUUCGAAAGCCUUUCACACACAAUUUUACUUACUCCACACUAAAUGCAAAGGAUUAGUCAGCAGUAGUGGUAAAGUGUUUGUUUCUCUGAGUAAAAAUUUCUAGCUGUCAGCAAGGUAUUCUCAACAGAUAGAUAAAGAAAAGUCAUAUUAACAUGUAAUCAUCAAUGACAUGAAAGAGGAAGUCAAGUCGCCAGGAAUAAGCAUGGGAAAGCAACGUGCACAGCGCCAAAACUACCCCUCAGAUAGUAAAGAGAACAGACACCCUAUAUCCUUCAUUGUAAAGUUGGACUUCAGUUCAGGAACUAAGAUAAGCCCUGUAUUAUGAUGUUUUAAGAGACGUGAUAGGUAUUACAUUAUCACCAAAUUAAUAUCAUAAGCUUUAUAAUGUAAGCCUACAACCAAUCUUUCAGGAACUAAAAGAAUCUAAAAAUCCCAUAACACGAAAAUGGAAGACGUUAAAAAGUUUGAUU